AUGGAUGAAAGGUUGAGAACAGCAGCUCGUACAGGAAAUGUUAGUGAUCUAUACAGGUUAAUUGAAAUAGAUGGAAAUGCUUUGAAGCAAUCUGACGAGGAGGAGUUUGUCGAAACUCCCUUACACAUUGCUGCAGAAGAAGGAUGCCUUAGGUUUGCAAUGGAAAUGAUGAGCUUAAAGCCAUCAUUUGCUAGCAAGCUAAACAAACAAGGCUUGACCCCACUUCACCUUGCAGUUACAAAUCCGGAUACAAGUAUGGCUUUACGUUUCUUGGAAAUUAAUAAAGAUCUAGCUCGUGUCAAAGGAAAGAAUGGCAAGACACCUUUGCACAUCAUAACUGAAGUUGGGAACCAUAAUGGUCUGUUGGCUAGAUUUCUAGAGAUUUGUCCUCAAUCGAUUCGAGACGUGACAAUUGAGAAUCGUAAUGCUUUGCAUAUUACCGUGGAAAAAAACGGACUGGAUGUUCUUCAAGUCCUAAUUCGAACACUUGAGAAGACAGGCUACUAUAGUGAAGUGGUGAACCAAAAAGAUGAAGGUGGAAACACUGCACUGCCUUAG